UUUUUAAACAAUGAGAAUCAGUUUAGGGAUAUUGGUAUUUAUCCAUCGACCACAAGGAAACAGCCAAGCACUCGACGCAAGGAAGAGAUCUUCCAUCACAGACACUUUGACACCGUUGUCCAUCCGCCAACGGAUGAUAGCGAGAUUGAUUGGAACAUAAUAAUGAACCGCCCUCGCAAUGUGUUGUUAUCACAAGGAGAUCCUCGCGAACCGGUCGAGUGCAAAUUCCAACAUGCCGUAGGAGCCCUCAAAUAUUCCUUGACGAUUCAUCAAACUCCCGAAGAAGAAGUAUGGCCGGGUGGAGCACUGUGGGAUUGCGGUCUCUUGUUGGCCGAGCUGCUCUUGGCCGUGGGAGGCAUGGAGGCGCUCACCACCAUUCAUACCUUGCUCCCUAACGAUGACGACAAUGAACAACAACCAAACAAUAAGAAACAUGCCGGCAAAAAUUCCAAACACGCCAGUGAGAAAUGCACUCGAACCACUAAUCAAUUAUCCCGUCGACUGCAGACAUGGUUACAGCAGCAACAGCGAAAUAAUCAACAACAGCAAAUUUGGAAGGAUUCUGUGGAGAGCGUUCUCUUGCAUCGAUCCAAUUUGACCGUGGUCGAAUUGGGAUGUGGCGUGGGACUCACUGGAUUGGUGGCAUCGAUUGCACUGGGAGCCGUCACCACCAUUCUCACCGAUUUGACUGUUGUGGUUGAUCAAGUCACGCUGCCCAAUUUGAUGCAAAAUACGACACAAGCAGACAAUACCAAACAGCAACACAAAACAACAGCCAAUUCAUCAUCAUUCCAAAAUAUUAAUAAAAAGUACCCAUGUCGAACCCUGCGGCAUUUUCGAGGAGGAGGCAAGGUGAUGGCGUUGCCAUUGUGUUGGGGAAAUUUUGAGGAGGGGGAACGAGUACUACAAGUCUUGAAAGAACUCCAGCCAUCGCCCAAUCAUAAUAAUACCAAAGGCAAGGGGGGCAAAAAGGGAGCCAAAAAGGCGGCAACAGACACCAGCCAAAACACGUCAUCCACAAUUUACCCCGACUUGAUUCUCUUGGGAGAUGUGGCAUACCAACACAAACCAGGAGCACCCUCGCAUUUUGAUAUUCUGGUCGAAUCUCUGCAACAACUCAUGCCACCACUCCAAAAUGACAACCACAAAUCGCAACUAUUACUGUUUGGAACUCGAUUGCGCAUGCCGGCAUCCAUGGAUUUGUUGCUCUUGUUGCAAGAACACUUUACACCCGUAUUGACACAACCCCUUCCAGCACAAGUCUUGGAUCCAGCGCUGGAAGGAGUCAAACAUAAUAUGACCAUUCACAUAUUCACCAACAAAACAACAAACAAUAGUAAGCCAUCAAAAGAAGCGACAACCAACACCACAAAAUAGAUGGAAUGAAUGGGCAUGUAGUUGCACUUAUGGCACCACACAAAAUCCACGAUUACGAAGCUCAAACUGGAGAUUCACCAGGUUUUUGCCGUCCUUUCAUGACAAUGCCUCCAUGGUUGCUGAUUCCAAUAAAAUUGACAAUAAGCCUUCAAUUAAUUUUGGUCUCCCUGUUCUCAGACUCUUUCACAAGAUGAGUUCUCCUUCUUGGAAGUUUCUGCCAUUCUCGGGGGAUUUUCAUUGGAGCUUCAACAUGCACUCACAGACGUAGACAGGUACGGUAUGGUACCGGUACGAUACUGUAGAAAAGCUAAUUAUUAUUUUUUAAAAAAUUUCUUGGAGGUUUUCCAAUCUCGCACCCAAAGCCCUCUGCGUUGGGCAUGCAGGGCAGGGCAAGAUGUUACAUGUAUCCCAUCACAAAGUAGUCUGAAACAGCGGCAAAGUGUGGGGUUGUUUCUCCCGGGAGAUGCCAAUAAACUCUUGGUGGCAUAUUAAUUCAUUUGACUUCGACCGGUACCGGUAUGGAGGUGUUUCCAGUAUCUCAUGGUGGCUUUUUAACUGCUCCCGGCAUGGAGAGAGGUUUUGUUCUCCCAGGCUGGUGGCAGAUUCAUUCGGCUCUAGCCGGCUUAUUUACUCUUCAAUCGCACAAGUGUGCGAAGAACCUGCCAACUGCCCCUUCGCGAUCCGACGUGGCCGACAUCCCCUUCCAGACCUGACGUGGCCCA